AUGUUUUCUAGAAGUAUUUCUUUGUCACUAGUCAAACCCUCGAUAUUUAUCGAGGUUAUCGUCAGGGCUGGCCCUGAAAAGGGCCUUUUUGUAGUUGACUUUGAAUUGAUCGAAAACCACGACAACUGCUUCUACGAUUACGUGGAGAUCAGAAACGGACACUCGGCCGACAGCCCUUUGAUAAACAAGUAUUGCGGCUACAAGCUACCCUUGGACGUCCAUUCGAGCACGAACAAACUGUACGUAAAAUUUCUGUCGGACAGCUCGGUGCAGAAGGCCGGAUUUUCCGCUACAUUUAUGAAAGAGUACGACGAAUGCACAUCGGUCGACCACGGAUGCGAGCAGUUCUGCAUCAACACUCUGGGCGGAUAUGAUUGCGCCUGUAAGGUGGGCUUUGAACUACAUUCUGACAACAAACACUGCGAAGACGCUUGCGGCGGUAUAAUCGAAGCGACAAAUGGCACGAUUACAAGUCCUUCGUUUCCUGACCUGUAUCCCGGAAAUAAAAGUUGCAUAUGGGAGAUCAUAGCGCCAAUUCAGUUCAAAAUCACACUGAACUUUACUCACUUCGACCUGGAAGGGAACAACCUACACCAGGCCGAAUGCGAAUACGACCGAGUGGAGGUAUAUAGCAAAAUCGGUUCGGACAAACUCCGGAAGCACGGCGUGUACUGCGGCCAGGAAGCGCCUUCCAUGAUCACUUCGGAGGCGAAUGCACUGCGCGUGGAAUUCGAGUCGGACAGCUCCGUGCACAAGACCGGAUUCGCCGCCGUCUUCUUUACCGACAUGGACGAGUGCGCCGUCAACAACGGUGGAUGCCAACACGAGUGCAAAAACACACCCGGAUCAUACGAGUGCACGUGCAACAACGGGUUUACUUUGCACGAGAACAAGCACGACUGCAAGGAGGGUGGUUGCAAGCACGAGAUUUCGGCACCGCGUGACGUCAUCAGCAGCCCCAACUACCCGGACUCGUAUCCGGGCCGGAAGGAUUGCGUCUGGCAUUUUACCACCACUCCGGGUCACAGGAUCAAAGUGCUCUUCGACACAUUCGAAAUGGAACCUCACCAAGAGUGCGCGUACGAUCAUAUCACGUUCUACGACGGGCCCACCCCGGAUUCGCAGACGCUUGGACGGUUUUGCGGCUCCAAGAUCCCACACCCCAUAGUGUCCUCGUCCAAUCAACUGUACUUGGCCUUCAAAAGCGACGCUUCUGUGCAGCGUAAAGGAUUUCUGGCCACUCACAGCACGGUUUGCGGUGGUAGGCUGAUAGCCACGAACAACGUGAAACACUUCUACUCUCAUUCCAACUACGGCGAUCUGAACUACGACAGCGACGCCACGUGCGAAUGGACCAUCGAAGCCAAAGCCAACAUGAACGUGCACCUGACGUUCUUGACUUUUGAACUGGAAGACGAAAAGGAUUGCAUGUACGACUACGUAGAGGUGUGGAGCAGCUUGGACACGAGCGGACCGUUCUUUGGAAAAUUCUGCGGACCGACCAACCCGACGGAUGUGAUAUCCACGAACGACGCUCUGUUGCUCCGGUUCAAGACAGACAGCACCAUCGUGAGCAAGGGAUUCUCCGCAUCGUACAUAGCCGUGGAGUCGAUGAACCCCAGCGUCGAGUAUUCGUCGGUGACUGACGAAGACGACGUCGACUUGACUUAUCACAAGGCCAAAAAGAACAAGAAGAAAAAGAACAAACCGUCGUCGCCGUCGUCGUCGAACCAGACGAACGGUGAUGGAGACGACGACGACGACAACGAUGGCGGUGGCGGUGGUGACGAAGACGACGAUGACGACGACGACGAGGACGAUGACAUGCUCGCCGUCAAGGGCCCGUGA